UUGAUAGAAGAGCUGUCAUUCGUUCAGCAUUCGGCAAACUUGUUUUGUUCGUUUGCCGACUUUUCCUCGCCGACUGUGUAUUAUGAAUGCGCUAUCAUAAGGGCAAAAUGUGAAUAAUUUUAUUGUUUAGUCAUUUGUUAUCACCGUGUAGUUCGUCGUCCCAACAAUCUUUAGUUAAUAGUGUUUUCUUCGCAAGCGAUUGUGAUAUUGGCAGUGUCAAAAUGAUCAGCUGUUACGAAUUAUUUAUGCUCUAAUUGGAAUUGAUCAAAACUUUCGCUAUUGUGUACAUUAGAAUCAGUGAUAACGUUUUUAUAACAUUGCUGGUAGAUAAGUAAAAAUGCAUUCUUUAUUGGGUGAAAUACUUCUAUUAGCGAUAUUGUCGUUAAUUUAUAUCUUCAAUCCUGUUGCUGCACAAGAUGGCAGCAUAACAAUCCCUUUAAACAGCUCAAUAACAUAUGAUAAUCGAGAAAUUUAUGGAGGUUUUAUAACAAUGAAUGGGAUAUCGAGAGUUACAAUUAAGUUUAUUGAUGUCAACAAAAAUCUUACUUUCAUUGUUUUUCAAGCUCACAGCCAUAUAAAUAACAUCUCUCUGUAUACAAGUGAUAAAACACAAGGCGAAAAAAAUGCUACAGGCACUAAUGUGGGCUUAGUGAGCUCUGUGAACCCCAUAAACACAUUUAUUGUGUCCAAUUCUAACAAUAAUAUUACUGUUCGGGCUUACAUAUCCGUCCAUGGCUAUUUCAAAAUGGACCCCAUCCCAGGUGGAUGCAACAUGGAGUACCCAAUACCAGUUACUCCUUUUCUGAAUGUUAUGACAUACACUGAUUAUAUUUUCGUGGACGCGGCACCACCGUCCGUAGAUCCUGGUUGUUUGAAUACUCUACAAGCGAAUAUGUCAUUUUACAUGAUGUAUCUGCCCGAAAUGAAUUUCUAUGCUGAUGUCUACUUUGAUGGCAUCAGGAAGAUGAUGAGCCUCAAGAACAUUAUGAAAUAUGGUUACCGAAUUCCGAAAAGUUCUUGGCCCGAGACGCGUCGAAUGUUGAGCGCUUACCCAGGUACUGGUGCUAUAUACACUGUAGUGGCGACAAGGGUUGACAACGCCUCUCUAUACUCCGUGUACGUGCCAAGCUAUAGUUACGGAUGUAACGACAUAAACGAUGAUGGCUGCGAAAUGAUUGAUGAUUGGCUAUCCCAACUGCUAUGUGCAACAUUAAUGUUUGUCGGAGUUUUCAUUUGUUUCUUUGGCCAUCGUUUCUUCAAGACUGAAAUGUUUUUCGCUGGAUUCUUUACUGGUGUCAUCAUCACUUACAUUUUGAUAGCCCUAAUUACUGUAGUUGAUAAACCAGCGUUACUGGCAGCGGCGUCGAUUUCUGGAGUAUUCUUCGGAGGGAUAUGGUGGCUGUUCUGGUGGUUAUACGGCAUACCAGUACUUUCAGUACUGUUGCCUUCGUUAAACCUUGGCUUCUUGCUGGCUUCCAUAUUCUAUUAUAGGCUGCCUGGUCACCAACUAUUCUUGGAAUUGGACUUCAAUUUCUGGAGUCUUUUCGUUCUGGUGGUGAUGUUGACUGCUCUAGCAGUUGUCUCCGUGUCUUACGCGGCAAACAUUCUGUGCUGUGCCGUUAUCGGCGCGUUCGCAUCUGUACUGGCAAUGGAUUACUACCUGGGAUCCAACCUCAAGUUCAUCAUCAUAAAUGUGAUCCGAAGAGCUGUUGUUCCACACUUCAAUAAAGCUAUUUUAGCACCGCCUUUGGAUUGGAAAGAUAUAUCAAUGGCGUUGGUAUGGGUAAUUCUAGCCAGUCUGGGUUUCUUCUUCCAACACUGGCACAACCGUGGUAGACCCCCAUUCCCACCCCCAACGAGGCUCGUUAGGCCCAGCGUGGCGGAACCUACCAUGUAUGGCGCUAUACCCAACUAUUUCCGUCGCCCAGAACAACAAACUGGACUGGGCGUUGGUACACCUGUAGCAAGAGUACAGAACGAAAGAACGUCUCUACUGUCUUAGAUACAACACUACUUGACCAAUGGUAUCUUUUUAAAAACAACAAUAAUAAUAAUAAAACAAAUCAACGUAUUCGUUCCCCAUUCACACUUUUUACAAAUGGCGUAGAAAUCCUUGGUAUUAAAUCCAUAUGAAAAUCAUUUAAAUCAAAUAUUCUAGUUAAAUAAACAUUUCCAUAAAGCACACGAUCUCAAAAUGGUUAGGAAAUAAAAUUAACUCACUAACAUAACGGUUGCCAUGGUAACCUAAAUAACAAAGCUGAAUAAAAAUAAUACCUCAGCCUCUCUAACAAUACGGUAGUUUCCAAAUAGUCAAAUUCAAUACUUUUAUCUAAAUGUCGCAAACUAUACAUGUCUAUGAAAUUUGUAUGUAACUCCACAUUAUGACGUCAUAGUAUUUUUGCGUCAAAUGGAUUAUUUACUUCUAAAAACAACAGCUAAAAAAAUCGAAAAUUUUGUGCAUCGACAAAUUUAUGAAUAAAAGUAUAGUUAUUUUUCAAUAUUUUGUUGUAUUGAAACGUCGAAUUCAUUUAUUUUUGACGUAAGAAACUACCCAAUUCAUGCAGACAUGAUCUCGAUAAAAUGUGAGUCUAAGAACUACUAACAAAGUAGGUUGCCAUGGUAACGUAACGAAAACUUAUUUUUGAAUGUUUCCAUCUCGUCGCGGGCUGACUUAAAGUGCCAAUUUUCAUUUUCCAAAGAUAUAAAGUUAAUCCUAGUUUUUUUGUUAUAUAAAUUAAAUAGUAUAUUUAGUUUAAUUUUAGUGAAAAUCAAUUAAUUUAGAUAUAAACAUAUUUAAACGAAAAUUAAUUCAUUGUUGUCUAAAUAGCUAAUGAAUGAAACUUUUCGUAAGUAACUAAAAUAGGGCGACACUUAACUACUAUAACUACACACAUAUCAGUAGUAACAGUUUUAGUUCAAAAUCGCUUUUAUUUGCAAAGUAACAAGAGCGAAUUUUCUAAUCCUUUUCUCAUCCACAUAAAAUGUUGUAAGAAUCAUAUAAAAUGAAAUCAACCUUUUUAAACUCUCAUUGCUUUUUAAAUAAAUAAUCGUAAUUAAUUACACUUUACGACUUACUCACGUAACUGUUCGGGAGAGCUCGACUAGUUUCAAGGUACGACGAGAAUUCAUAACUCAACGAUUUAGUCGAGACCUCGCAAAACAGUUUUGAAAAUUUACUUAAAUAACCUGUAUAUUCUUAUUGAAUAAUUUCAAACAUAGAACAUAGUUAUUGAAUAAAAAAAUAUCUACUUUUAAAAUAUAAUAUGUUCCUAAUACGCGUAUGACAAUAUAUCUGUGCUUUGUAAGAGCUUCGACAAGAGGUAGAAUUUGGCUUGCUCACACAUCAAAUAUCGCAUUUGAAAACGCGAUUGAUACCUACCAAGC